UUUCAUUCGUUAGCUUGUUCCGAUUUUAGCCCCGUGCAGCAGCUUGGAGUGGAGGAAUUAAGUUGGAUAUUUCUGCUCCUACAAUUUGUCUUUUUCCCUACAUUUAUGGGGCAUUCCCGGAACAUGUUCCGGCCUUUCUAACUCCACAUUUCAUAACAGCGACGCAGGAAGGAAGGCUGCGUUUGCGGAUCUCGGAGGCUUAGUUUGUGUGUUUGCGCCCCUCCGGCGGUAAACUCAUGUGCCGUUCGGUCAGGUGUGCUGUGGGAAAUUCUUCCGUUGGACUUAAAUGGUGUAAAAACCAAAAUCAUUGGCAGAAUAUCGGCUCUGUGUUCAUACAAAGUGACCAUGCUCUGCUGGGGAAACGCCUCCUACGGUCAGCUCGGCUUGGGAGGGAUUGACGAAGAGAUUGUGGUGGAGCCGCGAAAAUGUGAAUUCUUCCACGGGAAGCGGGUGCGGGACGUGGGGUGUGGGCGCAGACACACCGCUUUCCUGCUGGAGGACGGGACCGUGUACACCUGCGGCUGCAACGACCUGGGGCAGCUGGGACACGAGAAGUCCAGGAAGAAACCAGAACAAGUGGUGGCCCUGGACGCGCAGAUCAUCGUGGCUCUGUCGUGCGGGGAGUCUCACACGCUCGCUCUGAACGAUAAAGGACAGGUGUUCUCCUGGGGUCUCGGCUCGGAUGGACAGCUGGGUUUAAAUAACUUUGAAGAAUGUAUUCGAGUACCCAGGAACAUCAAGAGUUUGUCAGAUGUUCAGGUGGCUCAGGUAGCCUGUGGGUACUGGCACUCGCUGGCUCUGUCCAAAGGGGGCCACAUCUUCUCUUGGGGUCAGAACCGAUACGGUCAACUUGGGCUUGGAAUGACCGGACAGAGCAUCUCCGUGCCUCAGCACCUCCAGUCUCUGCAGGGCAUUCCUUUCGCUCAGAUAGCAGCAGGGGGCGCUCACAGCUUCGCCCUGACGCUCUCAGGAGCCGUGUUUGGCUGGGGCCGCAACAAGUUUGGCCAGCUGGGUCUGAACGACACCAACGAUCGCUGUUUCCCUGCUCUGCUGAAGGCCCUGAGAUCUCAGAGAGUGAUCUACAUCAGCUGUGGGGAGGAUCACACCGCGGCUCUGACCAAGGAAGGAGGAGUCUUCACCUUUGGAGCGGGGGGUUACGGCCAACUUGGGCACAACUCCACAAACCACGAGGUCAAUCCCAGAAAGGUGUUUGAGCUCAUGGGAAAUGUAGUCACUCAGAUAGCGUGUGGAAGGCAGCACACGCUGGCCUUCACCCCCUCCUCGGGGAAGAUGGACUCCUUCGGUCUGGGAGGGAACGGGCAGCUCGGCACGCGCUCUACCUGUAACAGGAAAAGCCCCGCCCCCGUUAAAGGUCCAUGGGCGUCUUCCAGUGCUUCAUCCGAUUCAGACGCCGGCGAGGCCGCAGACACUGGCGCCCCCUCUGGACCAGACAUUGGGGAGAGCUGCGUGGUCAACAGGAUUUAUGCAGGAGGAGACCAGAGUUUUGCUCACUAUAGCAGCUCCAGUAACGAGCAGAUGAUGGAGUCUGACAGGAUUCAGGGUCUCCACAGGAGGAUCUGCACCGUAAACGAAGACGUGCUUCAGACGUGGCUCAACCAACCAGCAGGAAGACUCCCGCUCGAAAUGUCAAAGGAGAUCGACCUGAUUUUUUCCUCUGCCAGCUGCAUCAACGGAUCCUUCCUGUCAAGCAGCCAUCCGGAUCACUUCAGUACCAGCAGCAAAUGCUCUGGAGUGGACAUGAACACGGCUCGCCUGCUGCUCCACAAAGUCACCCAGAAAGAGCAUCGCGAGAUCAGCGAGCAGGUAGCUGCCAGUCUGGAGAAGAACCUGAUCCCCAGACUCAGUCCUUCUCCUCCGGACAUCGAAGCCCUCAGACUGUACCUCACCCUUCCAGAGAGUCCUCUCUUCUGGGACCGAAACAACUUUGUCACCAUCACCAUACCGUUUGCCAAAAGUGUUGUGAGUCUGAAAGAGGCGCCGCUGAAGGUUCUAGGAAACUGGUGGUCGACCUUGGAGCCCCCCGUGUUUCAGCGCUUGGUAGAUUUAUACCGGGACGUGGUGUUGUACCUUCUCCAGAUGCACAAAGUUGGGAUUCCCUCGGUAGAGUCCAGGAUCUUCACCUGCUUCUUGGACACUUCCUUAAGGCUCCUGGAGCUCCUGCACAAAGUGAACGAGAGAGCCGGUCAGAUCAUCCGGUACGAUAAAUUCUACAUCCAUGAGCUGGACGAGCUGAUAGACAUCAGACAUGACUAUGUGACGUGGAUCCAGAGGCAGAUGUACCCUCUGGGUCACGACGGUGUGGUGACUCUCUGCAAGUACCCCUUUGUCUUUGACGCCCAAGCUAAAACAACCCUGCUUCAAACGGAUGCCGUCAUCCAGAUGCAGAUGGCGGUUGAUCAGGCCCAGUUACAGAACUUCAGCUCCAUGUUCAUGCCUGCUGUGGAGUCGGUCAACCCGUGUCUCAUCCUCAUCGUCCGAAGGGAGAACAUCGUUGGAGACACGAUGGAGGUUCUCAGGAAGUCAAAGAAUGUGGACUACAAGAAACCGCUGAAGGUGAUCUUUGUGGGGGAGGACGCCGUGGAUGCAGGCGGGGUGAGGAAAGAGUUCUUCCUCCUGAUCAUGAAGGAGCUGCUGGAUCCCAAAUACGGGAUGUUCCGUUACCACGAGGAUUCCAGGCUCAUCUGGUUUUCAAACAAGACUUUCGAGGACAUUGACCUGUUUAACCUCAUCGGGCUCAUCUGCGGCCUGGCCAUCUACAACCUGACCAUCGUGGAGCUCCACUUCCCUUUGGCGCUCUACAAGAAGCUCUUGAAGAAGAAGCCAACGCUGGACGACCUGAAAGAGCUGAUGCCAGACGUGGGGAGGAGUCUGCAGCAGCUGCUGGACUACACGGAGGAUGACGUGGAGGAAACCUUCUGCCUGAAUUUCACUAUCACAGAGGAAAACUACGGAGCCACAGAAGUUCAUGAGCUGGUUCCAAAUGGAGAAGAGCUCAGUGUGAACAAAGGCAACAGGCAGGACUUCGUGAACGCCUACGUGGAUUACGUCUUCAACUCGUCCGUGGCGUCGCUCUUCGAGUGCUUCUACUCAGGUUUCCACAAAGUGUGUGGCGGGAAAGUGUUGGAGCUGUUCCAGCCGAGCGAACUGCAGGCCAUGGUCAUCGGGAACACGAACUACGACUGGACAGAACUUGAAAAGAGUACCGAGUACAAAGGGGAGUACUGGGCUGAACAUCCAACCAUCAAACUCUUCUGGGAGGUCUUCCAUGAACUUCCGUUGGAGAAGAAGAAGCAGUUUCUCUUGUUCCUCACAGGAAGUGACCGCAUUCCCAUCUUGGGCAUGAAGAGCCUCAAACUGGUGAUCCAGCCCACGGGUGGAGGGGAGCAGUUCUUACCUGUAGCCCACACCUGCUUCAACCUGCUGGACCUUCCCAAGUACACGAGUCCGGAAGCGCUCCGCGAGAAGCUUUUACAGGCCAUAGAUCACAACCGAGGCUUCAAUCUGGCGUGAUGGAAAUGAAAAGGUGUGGAGACCACAUUCCUGGAUGUUUCCUUUCUUCAGGCUGGAGGAGUCCAUGACUCUAGAAGUGGUUCAAGUUGUUCUUUAUUUUUUAACUUUGCUAUAUCGGGACUUGAUGUCGCACUGAGAGAUGACCCCACAGGGCUCCUGUAGACCCGCUUUGCAUCAGCACUACUACCGUUCUGAAGCCUAAGAGCUCGAAUCAAAAGGGGAAUUUUUUUCUUCUGUGAACGUUUGCCAAAGUGGGAUGAAAAACUGAACUUAAACUGCACUUUGUAAUCUGCAUGAUCACUGCAGGCAAUCACAAAAUCAUACAAAGUUGUGUGGGAGUUGUGCGCUUUGUUGUUUGAAUCUAAACUGUGCAGCAAGCCCUGGGUUGUGUUGUAACGUGGGACAGCAGUGCGGAGCGUUUAGCUUUGGACGCCAAGUUGAUUUUCUUGGCUUCAUGCCUUAAAGAAAAAUCCACAAAUAAAAUCUAAAACCAGUCAAAUAAA